AGUGCGCAUGCGCCUGACCACGACGUUUAAUGGCAGGCUGGGCGGGGAAGGGGGAAGGGCAGGGCAGGCGGAAGGGAUCGAUUUGCAAGAUGGCGGAGGAAGCGGAAGGGCCUCUAAAGCAGCUUCUGGUUCCCUUUCUUCUGCCUGAGAAAUGCUACGAUCGGUUUUUUGUUAACUUGGAUUUGCUUAAUGUUCCCUGCCUCAAAAUUCUAAUCAGCAAAGGCCUGGGACUUGGCAUUGUUGCUGGAUCAUUGUUGGUGAAACUACCUCAAGUGUUUAAAAUUAUGGGGGUGAAGAGUGCAGAAGGACUAAGUUUCCAUGCAGUUCUUCUGGAAUUGGUGGCUUUGACUGGGACCAUCAUCUACAGUGUGACUAAUAGCUUCCCAUUUAGCUCUUGGGGUGAGGCCUUGUUCUUAAUGCUACAGACUAUUACCAUCUGCUUCCUGGUUCUGCACUACAGGGGACAUACCAUGAGAGGUGUAACCUUCCUAGGCAUCUAUGUCCUGACCCUGCUUGUAUUGCUCUCACCCCUGAUACCCAAGGUUAUGGUCACCCUGCUUCAGGCCACCAACAUGCCUGCUGUGAUCAUGGGGAGGUUACUCCAGGCAAUCACCAACUUCAGAAAUGGUCACACAGGACACCUGUCAGCAGUCACUGUUUUCUUACUCUUUGCUGGUUCACUUGCCCGAAUCUUUACCUCCAUCCAGGAAACAGGUGACCCCCUGAUGGCUGUGACUUUUAUUGUCUCCUCCAUCUGCAAUGGCCUCAUUGCCUUCCAGCUCCUCUAUUACUGGAAUGUCAAGAUUCCUCACAAAUGGAAAAAGAAGGAUCAGUAGCAUUUGGGAUGCUUCUUCCCAGCCAGAACAGUAUCUUAAAGGCCCUAAUUUGGUCUUUAUUCCUUUGCCUUGAUAACCUUCUUGACUCCCACUUCUGAAGACUGAAGCUCUUUUGGAGCUGUGCUCCCCCAGUCUCUUUAUUCCACUCUAAUGAUGUGGUAACUUUUUAGAUUAAACAGUAAUCCCCAGAUUUCCCUGUCCUCCCAUUCCACCUCUGUACCCCCCAGCUUUUUGUUCCAUUGUGUUGGGAAGACUGAAAGAGAAGGUUUAGCCCUCAGAGCAUCCAGGGCUGAAAAGGUGUUGUGACCUGGGUUUUUUGAGGAAGAUAACAAGUGAAGACAUGGGACCUCAUUAGUUAAUUAACUAGCUAAUCAUUCAUCAAGAUAGGACCUUUGGCUUCUUGGCAGAGCUGAAAAUGAGCUUUGUUCCUCUUUUCUUUUGAUUCCUAGAUACGCUUCUUCUGAAUCCUAGAAGGUUUCUCCUCUUGCCUAGUCCUCUUCAAACACUCUUCCCCCUUAGGGUACUCAAAGGAGUACAGGCCUAGGAGACAAAAGGAGGUCACACCUACAGGUGAUAGCCAAAGAUGUGGAGAGAACAGCUGACCAAAACCUAAGCCAAAGCUGUCUUUAUCAGGUGGGAUCCCUUCUUCUGACUCUGCCCUUUGACCAUAGGGCUAUCUCCAUCCCAUUGUACAGGACUCCAGAGCUGAUGAGAAGGGUUGAAGGUGACUAUCAGCACAGACCUUCCUGUCUUCUCCCUACCUCCCCAACUGGGCAGAUCCUAGGUAUAAGGGAGUGGAGAAACAGACUUGGGCCCAGCUGUUGAUCCUCUGGUGGGUGAAACUGGGGAGGCAAUCAAAAAGUGGGACAAGGACUCAAAGUCUGACUUUAAUCUUACAAAACACAUAAUAUAUAAAAAUUUGUAUCUUCAGUACAAAAAUAAUCCAAUGUUCUCCCUUAAGCAGGUCCCUCAGAAUUCAGGUACCCAGUUUUCUGAGGGUGGUACAUUUGUGGUUGGGGAUAUUGGUGUUGAGGGAGGGGCCUGAGUAAGAAUGGGAGAGGCAUCUGUAUAACUUCUUCCCCUGGCAUUUCAUGGCCCCUGGCCCCUAAAGUGGGUUGGGGGUAGGACCCAGGAGAGGAGCAUUAUAGGAGUUGGAGCUAGAGGGAUAAGGCCUAUAGGGGUUUAAGAGCUCCCCUUGGAGUGGGGCUCCAAGAGGAAGGGAACAAAAAGAGGCUUCUGGCCUACAGUGAUAGCUCUGUGAAGAUAAAUUUGAGCAUCUGUCUCUCCCCUACUCCUCUCCCCCCCAUCAUCCUUCUUAGGUAUGCAUAAUCUGAGGACCCUCCUGGAGCCUGCUUUCUCUCUCAGAUCCAGUUUACCUCUUUUGUCUCUCCCCAUGAGAGGGUGUGCCAGGGUAGAUUUCCCGAAUCACAUUUCCUAACUUUCGGGUUAGACCUGUUCUGAGUAGGGAGGAGGAGCAGGAGCAGUUUAUUUCUGAUUCAGCCCAUAGCACAGAUGUCCAGGCCCUGCUUGGUAUUCUCUAUGGGACAGGGACCUCUGGUGGCCUGAGCAUGUUGGCAUCAUUUGGCAGGUGUACUCCCAGCUGUUUUUCCAAGAGGGCAAAGGAGGGCGGGUUUAUAAUCUCCCUGUCCAAAGGGAUGGGACUUGGGUCAGCCAAAGAACAGAACUGAAAAUGGAAAGUUGAGAUGGGUGGGGUGUGAAGGCAAUGAGGAAACGAUUUAGCAAAAAUGCAAAGGCCUGGGCCACAGGACUGCCCAAAGUUGUUCCUUAGGAUGUGUGGGGAGAUGACUGACCAAAGUAGUCUUGGUUUCAAAUCUGGGGAGACAUCUUCCUGGACAUCCUGCCCCUCCUCUCCCCACUUUCCCAGUCACUCACCAGCAGCCUCUGGCCAGGUUUGAAGGGUAGUGCUGACAGCCUGUUUCCUGUGCCCAGCGCUGUGGUUGCUGCUGCCCCUGCUUGCCCCAGCCAGGUCUAGAUUUGCAUGGCCCAGGGUGGCAUUUUUGGUCUUGCAGCAAGGCCGGUACUUGUAGGCGGGGUAGUCGUGCUUGGAGCCUCUUUGCCUCUUCCAGGAAGGGCCGCUUCUCUGCCUCCCCCAGCCAUUUCCACUGCUCGCCCAAGCCCUUGGAGAUUUCAGAGUCGUGCAUCUCGGGGUGAAGCUGCACCAUCUGGUGAUACUGGCCCUAGCUCCACACCAUGAAUGCAUUCAUGGGCCCCUUAACUUUCUCAGCUAUCUCCUCUGGAAUGCCUGGAGGGACUCGGGGACAGGGACCGGAAGUGGCAGAUUCAAAGGCAGUGGGAGCAGGGAGUGUCGAGGCCCAGGCUUGAAGUGGUAAAGACUGGGGUAGCACUAUGGAGUUGAUUAGCCUGGGAGAGGAAGGUGGGGAGCAGGCUGAGGAAAGCAGCUGUUGGGCUUCCUGGGAGAUCCAGGUUCUUUAGGUUUCAAACUGGUUUUCCUCAAAGGUUCCUUCAGAAUUGAGGGUCCUCACGGACCUAACCCUUCCAACUACCCCUGGCCCUCCACAAUAAAGUCCAGUAUCAAUCUUU